UCUCCCCCCCUCUCCCUCUUGACUGUUCUUGUAUUGCCUUGCAUUGUGUCACUACUUGUCACUUUUGACAGCCUAGUAGCUUCCUGUACAGAAUGCAUUUCUGAAAAAAAAAAGUGUUUAAUCGGUGUUUAUUUUCAGCUGGAUGCAGCUGGUUGCUCAGCUGUCCAGCAGUUUGGUGUGCAGCAGGCUGUUUGGCCUCCGACCAUGUCGGGGCUGCCUCUUGUCAGAUUUUUAAUGCUUAAUUGAAGUUUGAAGUUGUGCUCCAGUAAGUUUGACACAGUUUUUGAACAGCUGCUGAUGGAGAACAGAGAGAAAAUAGUGACAGGGGGAGGUGAGUAAGAAAGAAUGACGUCUCCACAAAGAAAGAUAAGAAAGGCGAUUGGUUGGUGUAGAAUUUCUGAGGACUGAAGUAGUAUAUAAGACUUGGGCCAGAUGAAAGACAGAGAGACGUGAAGUGAUAGAAAGAAGAAAGCAGGACAUGUUUUUGGAUUUGCUAUAUAAAGGACUUAGAGAAGAAAAGAGAAGAAAAGAUGGGCGUUCCUCAUCAAGCUAAAAAGCAGUCACCUGGAAGAGCCAGCAGUGGUCGCUUGGUGCCACACACACCUCGACAGACGCUCUCAGGGCAGACGCGACAUACUCCACGUGCCGCUCAGCCUCGGUCGGCGACGCCCCGGAAGCAGGUCGCACACACCUUGCAGGGACACACACACAGUCAUGCGCACUUGCACUCACACAUGCACCGCUCGCUGUCGGCUCAAGGUGUUCCGACUCGGCCAGGGAACGGACACACACACACGCACAGUUACACACACCUGUCGGCUCACGCUGACCAAGGUGGCUGUAACCUCUUCUGCUACCUGUGUUACUGUGCCUACUGCAUUGGCCUGAUGGUCCUUUCAUUCUGUCUUCUUCUCUUCCUCUCUCCUCCUUCACCUCGCUCUCACUCUCACCCUGCAUCUCCUCAACCUCCCUCCACCUCCCCCCACCCUGAUGAGUUCAUUUCAAUGCAUUUUUCCUCCUUAUCAUCAUUUGCUGUUCCUUUCUGCCCUCAUCCAUCUCUGAACUUCUCCUCCUCCAACCUCUCUACCUUCUUUCCUUUCACUCCUCUUCUGUCCUCCACUGGUUCUCUUCCAAAUGAUUUUCAUCUCACCUCACCUCUUCCUCCAUGUCCCUCUACUCAAUCCCACCCUUCACAUGGUGCUUCCACUUCAUCCCCCGGCUUCCAACAUGACUCUUCAUCCUCCUCUUCUUCAUCCCGACCCUUUAUGCUGGUCCCACCUUCUCUGCUGCUCCUGCCCCGCCCAUCUCUGUGUCGUGCUCACCCUUCCUCUUCUCGCACACUCCCCUCUUUCCUGCUUUGCCCAAUCAGUUUCACAGACCCUGCCCUCUCAUCUCUGGAGCAAAUCCCCUUGGCGGGUGCCAUGCCCCGCCCCAAGACACUGCUGAGGCAGCAAAGCCUCCAGCAGCCUCUCAUCCAACCUCCCACCUCAGGCCUCGGUGACCGUUCAACCAUCUCACAGAGCUUGGGUCAGCUCCAUCCUCAACCUGGAGGAGGGGCAGGGCCGGGUGGAGGGGGAGGAGCAACAUCUACAGCUCAGCAUAGAGGAACAGGAACUCGAGGUACUAGAGGCAGCACAGCAGGGGGCGGUGCUGCACGCUAUAGGUCAGGAGGAACAGGGAGUCGGGUCUUGAGGGGGAACCCCGGCAGCUGGGAUUACAUGAUGAGCCAGAUCAAGAACCGUGGCCUGGAUGUCAAGUCUUUCCUGGAAGGGAAGAUGGUGGUUCUUUCUCUGACGAUUGGAUUGGCUGAGCAGGAUGAUUUUGCCAAUCUACCUGACCUACAGGAGGUACCACCCAGUCAAGAAACCCCUGCUGACAAGAGUAGGAAUAUGGGUAAUAAGCCAGCAAACAGUCCUAAGGGUCAGCCACCAGAUGCUGAUGGACACUCCUCUGUCUCUGACCUUGCUAACUCACUAACUGGAGACAUGGUGAUGUUGUCUCCUGGCUCCGAUGAGGAUCAUGAAGGCCCGAUCAGUGAGAAGCUGGGGAGGAUUCAGUUCAGUGUUGGCUACAGCUUUCAGGACUCUACUCUCACGGUCAAAAUACUAAAAGGUCAAGACCUGCCUGCUAAAGAUUUCUCUGGCACCUCUGACCCCUUUGUAAAAAUCUAUCUUCUGCCUGACAAAAAGCACAAACUAGAGACCAAAGUGAAGAGGAAGAACCUCAAUCCUCACUGGAAUGAGACUUUCCUGUUUGAAGGGUUCCCGUAUGAGAAGGUGCGAGAGCGCACGCUCUACAUGCAGGUGCUGGAUUAUGACCGCUUCAGCAGGAACGACCCUAUAGGAGAGGUGUCUAUUCCCCUAAACAAGGUGGAGCUGGGACAACACCAGACGUUCUGGAAGGACCUGAAACCGUGCAGUGACGGCAGUGGAAGUCGAGGAGAUCUGCUCUUGUCUCUGUGUUAUAAUCCUACUGCUAACACCAUCACUGUUAACAUUAUAAAAGCACGCAACCUUAAAGCCAUGGACAUCGGAGGCACAUCAGAUCCAUAUGUAAAGGUGUGGCUCAUGCACAAAGACAAGCGUGUGGAGAAGAAAAAGACAAUUACUAUUAAGCGCUGCUUGAAUCCUGUCUUUAAUGAGUCCUUCCCCUUUGACGUUCCUGCACACGUGCUCCGAGAAACCACCAUCAUCAUCACCGUCAUGGACAAGGACCGGCUGAGCCGCAAUGAUGUCAUCGGCAAGAUCUAUCUGUCGUGGAAGAGCGGUCCAGCAGAGGUAAAGCACUGGAAAGACAUGCUGAGCAGGCCGCGCACCAACGUGGCACAGUGGCACGCCCUCAAAGCCUGAUCACCUACAUCUGGUCCCACCCCGACCCCAUAACCUCUAACCUUUGACCCUUUGAGCCCAUAUCCCAUCCUUAUGCACAAGACUGACUCGAUGCCUGGCUGCAAAACACGGGUACUUUUAGCCAUCCAUUCUCAAACCUUAGAACUAAUAGCCUCUGCCCUGGUAUGACUUUUGCUUUCUCCCUUAGCUUAACAACACCUGAUUUUUUUUGUUCUUGUUUUUCUUCUCUCUUGCAGCCCUACUUAAUCUCUGCUGUUAUUUUGGUACCAUGAUUUGUUAAGGUCUGCAUAUGAAGCGAUCAUUAUCAUUAAACUAGUAACCGUUAAGCUAGCUUCCUUUUGUAACUUGUAAGCAAAUAUUAAUUCUUCCUAAGUUCCUAAUGAUCUACGUCAACACAAAGAAACAAUUGAAGGAAGCCAUUUGAAAACUGCUAUAUGCAAACUUUAAUGUCAUGUGUUACCACUAUUUCUGCUUGUACCUUUCAGUUCACUUUCAGUUCAGUCCUAGUUUUAUCACCAAAUUUCCCCAGAGGCCAAUCACAUCUGUCCGAUCUCUGCUUCCCCUCGAUCUCUUUUCUAUUCCGUCCUCUCUAUCCUUUCCCUUUUCUCUCCUGUUCUUUGUGGGUCAGUCUAUACUCUUGCAUUAAAUCCAGGUGAGAGCCAUCAGAGACUCUUGGGAGCUCAUUUGUUAGCCAUAUUCAGGGGCGGACUGGCCAACAGGAAGGUUGAGACUUUUUCCACUGGCUUUUUUCUCCACCGAAUGGGCCAGAAUCUUUUUUUCAGAUUGUUCAUUAACCUACUUGAAGGGAAUGUCGGCUGGCAAAACAAGACUAAAUAGAAAAAACGAGUCCUUGUGCGACAUUCACAUAUAACCAUGUCACUGCAUUGUCCAACAACGAAGAAAUGCUGCUUAGUAGUAUUGUGGAUUCGAAUUUUACAGAAUAUACCAUUUUAACAUGCUUCAUUUAAAUCCUCAUGCACCUUCUUUGUUUAUAGAUUUACUUGGAUGCAUUAUGCCUUGGAUCUAAUGCAGCCUAGUGCAUGCGAAAUAUUAUUUUGAACAAUCGUCACACUAUAAACCAAAUUCCCUGAUGAUCUCUGUUCCCAGUCCGCCCCAGGCCUUCUUUUGUGCGUAUUCACUAUUACACACAGAAGGAAUUUCAUGCUUAUUUAAUCCACAAGGGUUGAACAACUAACUGUCAGAUAAACAUCAGAUCAUUUCAUUAUCAUUUUUAACAGCAUCCGCUUUCCUUUAUCCAUGUCCUUUAUUCACCAUUUUUAUUUUACCCAUUCACCUUUCUUCACUUCGCUCGCCUUUGCAUUCUGUCCGAAUUUCUGAUUCUUUUUUCUUUUUGUUCUUUUCUUUUCUCUUACUGAAAGAAUGGUAGUAAAUUUUCCCCCUUUUCCUCUGACUUUUUUUUCCCGUCGACAUGUCGUAGCUGAUGUGUUGUAGCUCCAGAUGAAAAACUAUUCAUCUUUAGUGAACCGAAGGGAAAACCACUAACUUUUGACACUAACUGUUCCAGCUCCUCUGGGACAUUUGUAAAAAAUAAAAAAAAAGAGAGAUAUACAGUCAUUCACAAGGAAUGAAAUCAAAUAAAUACAAAAAAAACAAGAUAGUCGUCUUUGCCAUAAAAAUAGACUAUUGAUAAAUUGAAGCAAAAUGUUCUUCCAAACUUGAUGUGAGGUGUGAGAAGUGGGCUGCGUGGUUCUUGCGGUGGCUUUUCUUUUGCUUUUUUUCUUUCUUUACUUGCUGAGGUCUCUGCAGGAAUCCUUAAGAUAAAGAGUUUGCCCUAAUACUGCCUUUACCUGACUGAGUGUGUGCAUGUGUGCAUGUGUGUGUGUGCGUAUGUGUGCGUAUGUGUGUGUAUGUGUGUGCGUGCGUGCGUGUGUGUGUGUGUGUGUGUAAAAUCACUGAUGUGAAAAAGCAGCCAAUAUACAAGGUUACCUUCUUGUCUCUUUCUGGCCUUUCUGUAUGCCUCUGAAAAUGAGAUGGAGAUAUAGAGUUAACCUGCACUAUAUGGCAGUGUAAUAAUGAUGAUAAAUAUAAUAAUAAAUGUUUUAAUGGUAAUACUUGUAUUUUAAGGGGGAGAUAACUCAACAUUGGUGUAGCAAUACAUGGAGGCUGGGCAAGACAGUACAGCACUUACACACGAUUAUGAUCAUUCUCUCUCUCUCUCUCUCUCUCUCUCUCUCUCUCUCUCUCUCUCUCUCUCUCUCUCUCUCUCUC